GGCCUCAUCCAUCAGCCACAUGCCACAGGUUAUUGACAUCUACAGCGCCAGCUGGGGUCCCCACUGAUGACGGCAAAACAGUGGACGGCCGGCCCACGUGAGCUUACCCUGCAGGCUAUGGCUGACGGAGUCAAUAAGGGCCGAGGUGGCAAAGGCAGCAUCUAUGUGUGGGCCUCCGGAGAUGGUGGUAGCUAUGACGACUGUAACUGCGACGGAUACGCCUCCAGCAUGUGGACCAUCUCUAUUAACUCGGCCAUCAAUGACGGACGCACCGCGCUCUAUGAUGAAAGCUGCUCCUCCACCCUCGCCUCCACCUUCAGCAAUGGCCGUAAACGAAACCCUGAAGCAGGCGUGGCCACCACGGAUCUGUAUGGAAAUUGCACACUGCGUCAUUCGGGCACAUCUGCCGCCGCCCCUGAGGCUGCUGGCGUGUUUGCCCUGGCAUUGGAGGCCAAUCCAAACUUGACGUGGAGGGACCUGCAGCACCUGACGGUCCUCACCUCUAAGAGGAACAAGCUGCAUGACGAGGUGCACCAGUGGAGGAGGAACGGUGUGGGCCUGGAGUUCAACCAUCUGUUCGGAUACGGCGUGCUGGAUGCCGGAGGGAUGGUCAAACUGGCCCGGGAGUGGAAGACCGUUCCGGAACGAUUCCACUGUGUGGCGGGAUCCGUGCAGGAGACACACAAAAUACAGUCGGGCAACAAACUGGUGCUGAGCAUCACGACUGAUGCCUGCCAGGGCAAAGACAACUUUGUGCGCUACCUGGAGCAUGUGCAGGCCGUUAUUACCAUCAAUGCCAGCCGCGGCGGGGACCUCAACGUCAACAUGACUUCACCAAUGGGGACCAAGUCCAUCCUACUGAGCCGCCGACCCCGGGAUGAUGACGCCAAGGUGGGCUUCGACAAAUGGCCCUUCAUGACCACCCACACAUGCGAGGACCCUCGAGGAACCUGGCCUGAGGUGGGUUUCCAGGGCGAAGCCUCACAGAGCGGCGUGCUGAAAGAAUGGACCCUCAUGCUGCAUGGAACACAAAGUGCCCCUUACAUAGACCAAGUGGUGCGGGACUACCAGUCCAAACUGGCCAUGUCCAAAAAAGAAGAGCUUGAGGAGGAAUUAGAUGAAGCUGUGGAGAGAAGCUUGAAAAGCCUUUUGAGUAAAAAUAACUAGCCAUCUGCAUGAUAAUAUCCUCUCUGUAUUAGCAUAUUACUUGCCUGUUCUCUCUCUGCUUUCUCUUUUUUCUUGUGAUUAUUUGAUGAAUGUUUGACGUGAGUCUCUCAUAUUAAAGUGCAUUCUCUGAAUGAUACAGCGGCCGUGAAAACCAUUUCAACACUUAAGACACACUUAGAAAUGUUUGAACAUCACUGUGCCAAAUAUCAAAGAAAGUGGCAUUUACAUUAAUGAAAGAGUGUGUUUUACACAGUGUUCCUGUGGCUCAGUGGUAGAGCAUUGCGUUAGCAGCACAAAAGGUUGUGGGUUCAAUUCCCAGGGAAUACACAAACAAAAUGUAUAGCUUGAAUGCACUGUAAGUCGCUUUGGAUAAAAGCGUCUGCUAAAUGCAUAAAUGUAAAUGUAAAAUUUAAAUGUAAAGACAGCACAAGCACACUUUACAAGCAAAACAUUCCACAAAAAGACCUUUGUGUAACAGACGUGCGUAGCAACGGAGUUGGAGAUCCAAAUGCAGGCUUUAUUUGAAAGAGCGCAAUCAAAACAGGCAGGGUCAAAACACCAGCAAACAACAAUGUCCAAGGGCAAGGCAAAAAGAGUAAUCUAGAUAACAGGCGAGGGUUAGGGCAGGCAGCAAAUCAUCAGAAAACAGCACAAAGUCAAAAAACACAGGCUAGGCAAGUCAAAGACAAGGAUACCAGGAAACACUUAGAAUUGUAGCUAACAACAAACAAUACUUUGUAAGCUGUGUGUCAAUGAGAGCAUUCUCUUAUAGUUCUACUGACAGGAAACAGGUGGGUGAGUGAUCAGGUGAUGGUGAAAAAGGUGAUGGAGACCUUGUGAGUGGGAGGAACAGCAGGGACCGGAUUACUGACACUUUGUCAGGUUUCAAAUAAUAUACUGAGUUCAUAUAUCUACAAUAAAUCAUAUGGACUGCAGCUGGUUAAAAGUCAUUACAACAGUACCUCAGAAAGUAAGUUCUGAGAAAACAUCUAGCAUCAUUUGUAUAUAUUUUGUUUUUAAAUGCAGUGACAUUCAGACUAUAAAGUGUGACUUGAGUGUCCAAAUGUGUAUUUUGGCACCGCGGUAUGUCCCAUUGAGAAAGUAGUACAUCUUACUCUCAAUGUUCCUUUUUUACCCUUUACAGAAAUGUAUAUAAACCAAAUAUAUCUAUACGUUAUUAUGUUCUUGCCCAGGCUGUCCCCACCUCUGCUGUACAGUUUGUCACUGUAAAUCAUUUUGUGUGAUUCUCCUUUAAAGUUUAGUAUCUUGCAAACAGA